AUGUGUUUCCUCGUUGAACGAGAAAUAGCCAUUUUGAAGCUGAUCGAGCACCCACAUGUUUUAAAACUUCACGACGUUUAUGAAAAUAAGAAAUACUUGUAUCUGGUACUGGAGCAUGUCUCUGGGGGAGAGCUGUUUGACUACCUGGUCAAGAAGGGCCGUCUGACUCCCAAAGAAUCACGCAAGUUCUUCAGACAGAUCAUCUCCGCCCUGGACUUCUGCCAUAGCCACUCCAUAUGUCACCGAGAUCUGAAGCCAGAGAACCUGCUGCUGGACGAGAAGAACAACAUUCGUGUGGCUGACUUUGGCAUGGCAUCCCUGCAGGUCGGCGACAGUCUCCUGGAAACCAGCUGUGGAUCCCCUCACUAUGCAAGCCCAGAGGUCAUAAGGGGAGAGAAGUACGAUGGUCGGAAGGCUGAUGUCUGGAGUUGUGGCGUCAUUCUCUUUGCACUUUUAGUGGGCGCGCUGCCAUUUGACGAUGACAACCUGCGGAACCUUCUGGAGAAGGUGAAACUGGGCGUGUUCCACAUGCCUCACUUCAUCCCGCCGGAUUGCCAGAACCUGCUGAAGGGCAUGAUCGAGGUGGAUGCCAACAAGAGACUGACGUUGGAUCAAAUUCAGAAACAUGCGUGGUACUUAGUCGGAAAAAGCGAGCCAGAACCCCAGCCGCCGGUCCAGCGGAAGGUGGCCAUGCAGCUGCUCCCUGCCAUGGACGACAUCGAUCCGGACGUGCUGGACAGCAUGCAGUCUCUGGGCUGCUUCAGGGACAAGAGCAAGCUUGUCAAAGACCUGCUGGCUGAGGAAUUGAACAAAAGGAAGAUGAUUUACUUUUUGCUUCUGGACCGCAAGGAGCGUUUCCCCAGCCAUGAGGAUCAGAACCUCCCGCCUCGCAAUGACAUCGAUCCUCCUCGUAAGCGCGUGGACUCGCCCAUGUUGACGAGGCACAACAAGCGGAGGCCGGAGAGGAAGAGCAUGGAGGUGCUGACCGUCACCGAGGGAGGCUCUCCUGUGCCCGUCAGACGAGCCAUAGACCUGACCAAUCACGGGCAGAGGUCGAGGUCUAUCAGUGGAGCGUCUUCAUGUCUCUCCACCAGCCCUCUCAGCAGUCCCAGGGUGACGCCGCACGGCUCGCCACGCGGCAGCCCGCUGCCCACGCCCAAGGGCACGCCCGUGCACACGCCCAAGGAGAGCCCCGCCGGCACGCCCAGCCCCACCCCGCCGCCCAGCCCCUCGCUGGGGGGGCUGCCCUGGAGGACGCGCCUCAACUCCAUCAAGAACAGCUUCCUGGGCUCGCCACGCUUCCACCGCAGGAAAAUGCAAGUUCCCACCCAGGAGGACAUGUCCAGCCUAACGCCAGAUUCAUCACCCGAGCUGGCUAAGAAGUCGUGGUUUGGCAACUUCAUUAGCCUGGAGAAGGAGGAGCAGAUCUUUGUGGUGAUCAGGGACAAGCCCUUGAGCUCCAUCAAAGCAGACAUCGUUCAUGCCUUCCUCUCUCGGAGUAUAAGUCGUCGGCAGGGCCCGCCGUGUUCCAGAAGCCAGUGAAGUUCCAGGUGGACAUCACCUACUCCGAGAGUGGCUGCGCCCAGAAGGAGAGUGGCAUCUACUCGGUCACCUUUACCCUGAUCUCAGGUCCGAGCCGGCGUUUUAAGCGAGUGGUCGAGACCAUUCAAGCACAGCUGCUAAGCACUCAUGACCAACCAGGAGUCCAACAAAUAUCUGGUAGUCCGUUGAGUAACUUCUUUGACGUAAUUAGGCAGCUUUUUUCAGACGAGAAGCACGGUCAGGCGCCACGCUCCCCCGGCACGCCCAGCAAGCACGGGGCUGCCAACGGCAGGAGGCCGGAGCCCGAGCCCUCUGACUCUAAGAGCCAAGCGGGCAAAGACAGGGCCCAGCCUCCCUCGCCCACACACACACCCUCCCCCUCCCCCUCCCCCUCCCCCGCUGGGACACAGGAACAACCUUAA